CUCAGUCCGGUCCUCAGGCUGCUCCUCGGCUGUCGUUGCCCGCUGCUGGAGCCCUUCCUCCGGUCACUGUCCCCUCCAUGCUCCGCCUCUCUCCUGAAAUGCGCACUCUUUCCCGGACUCCCCCCUCGUCUCGCGCGGCUCCUCGCUGAUCAUGCCCGACACGGGGACGGCAGCGGCGGCCGGCGGCACCGCGACCGCCGCCGCUACCGCCGCCGCCAGCACCACCGGAGACGGCCCGGAGAGCUCCCGGCACCGACACCGAGCCCAGCAGGCGGAGGCGGAGAGGCCGGAGCCGGGCGCCGGACAGACGCAAAGCUCGUCCGGGGUUCUGGAUAAGUUGUUCGGAAAGCGGCUGCUUCAGGCUGGAAGACACAUCAUGUCACAUAAGUCGUGGAUGAAAACGGUGCCCACGGAGAACUGUGAUGUCCUCAUGACGUUUGCAGACACUACAGAUGACCACACGUUGCUAUGGCUACUGAACCACAUCCGGCUGGGAAUCCCAGAGCUCAUCAUCCAAAUCCGACAUCAUAAACACACACAUGUCUACGCGUUUUUUGUCACCGCUACAUAUGAAAAUUUGUUGCGAGGCGCUGAGGAGAUGGGACUGAGGAAAUCUGUGAAGCCUGAGUUCGGAGGAGGAACGCGAAGCUUCUCCUGUGAGGAGGACUACAUCUACGAGAACAUCGAGAGCGAGCUGUGCUUCUUCACUUCACAGGAGAGGCAGAGCAUCAUUAAAUACUGGAUGGACAAUCUACGUGCCAAACCGGGGGAGGUGCUCCAUAAUAUCAGCUUCCUGGAAGGCCAGCCAAUCAUCCCGGAGCUGAGUGCCCGAGGUGUGAUUCAGCAGGUAUUUCCUCUCCACGAGCAGAGAAUCCUCAGUCAGCUGAUGAAGUCUUGGGUCCAGGCUGUUUGUGAAAAACAGCCUUUAGACGAUAUCUGUGAUUACUUCGGUGUUAAGAUCGCCAUGUAUUUCGCCUGGUUGGGCUUCUACACCACUUCUAUGUUAUAUCCUGCUGUCAUAGGCUUUGUGCUGUGGAUGCUCACCGAGUCAGAUCAGACGAGCCGUGACAUCUGCUGUGUGGUGUUUGCACUGUUCAACGUGGUGUGGGCCACCUUGUUUCUGGAGAGGUGGAAGCGGAGGGGGGCCGAGCUGGCGUACAAGUGGGGAACGCUGGAUUCUCCCGCCGAAUCCCUGGAGGAACCGCGGCCUCAGUUCCGGGGGGUGAAGCGCUGCAGCCCCAUAACAGGAUGUGAGGAGUUCUACUACCCCCCCUGGAGGAGGCGUGUGUUCAGGUGGCUGGUCAGCCUCCCCAUCUGUAUCCUCUGCCUCUGUUUCGUCUUCCUGGUCAUGCUCAUCUGCUUUGAGCUGCAGGAGUUUGUGAUGGGGAUCAAGGAAAUGCCUCGGCUAGCUCGCUUCAUCCCCAAAAUCAUGCUAGCUAUCACUGUGACUGCAUGUGACGAGGUGUACAGGAAAAUAGCCUGCUGGCUCAACGACAUGGAAAACUAUAGACUCCAGAGUGCCUAUGAGAAAAAUCUCAUCAUCAAAAUGGUUCUUUUUCAGUUUGUAAAUUCUUAUCUCAGCCUUUUUUACAUCGGAUUCUACCUCAAAGACAUGGAGCGUCUGAAAGAGAUGUUGCUGGUGUUGUCUCUGUUGCGGAGCCUCCAGAGGCAGGUCCGGGUCAAUGUGCUGCCUUUCCUCAAGAUCAAGGUCCAGGUGUUUGUGGUCUCUGUUCCCUGGUUCUUCAGUGCUUUACUCAGGUCUAAAAUGCUGGCCACUCUGCUCAUCAUCCGCCAGUUCCUUCAGAAUGUGAAGGAAGUGCUGCAGCCUUACCUGUAUGAGCGCCACAAACUGGGAGAACUGACUCUGCGAGCGGUGUGGGACCUGCUGCUGUCGGUGCUGCUCAAAUACGCCCGGUUAGCGGCUGGAAAAGCCCAGGUCUCACCCACCGACCAGACCAUGCCAGGACCCGGACUGAGGGGCACCAGGCCGGGGGUGGGCCAGGCCGAACGAAGGGAAAAGAAGUGCUUGAAUGGGGGAUGCGGCGUCCCUGAUGAGGAGGAGGGAGGAGAGAGGGACGAGGCCGACAGCGGGAGGUUCAGCGAAGGAGAGACGGAGGAGGAAAGUCUGAUCGACUGUGGUUUGAAGCUGAGGAAAGUCAGCUUCAUAGAGAAGGUGGACAGAAGGCCUGCCUGCAGUGGACCGUCCAUGGACAACAGCUUCCUGGAGGAGGGAAGCCCCACCAUGGUGGAAAAGGGAAUGGACCCGGCCUCUAUGUUUGAGAUGUGUGACGACGACGAUGACAACGGCAUCCACGACAUAAAGGAGGCCGGUGGAGGUGGGGGGGUGGCGGCGGCAGCAGCGGCGGUGGAGGGCGUUCACACUGCCGGAGCUGCUGCCAGCACUGCCCCGUUGCCUUCGGGGUCGGACGGCGGUGCGUCUCUGCGACACAGAAGAAGAGGCAGGAGCGCAGAGAGGACUGAACCCAAAACCAAGAGGGAGUCAUGGAUGGACCCCCCCGAGGAGAGAGAGAGCACCACGCUCACUCAGGCGGAGAUAGAGAGCUGCAUGCAGACGUACGCGGACACCUUCCAGGACUACCAGGAGAUGUUUGUCCAGUUCGGCUACGUGGUGCUGUUCUCCUCCGCCUUCCCUCUGGCCGCCAUGUGCGCUCUCAUCAACAACAUCAUCGAGAUCCGCAGCGACGCCUUUAAGCUGUGCACCGGGCUGCAGAGACCCUUCGGCCUGAGAGUGGAGAGCAUCGGCCAGUGGCAGACUGCGAUGGAAGCCAUGGGCCUGAUCGCCAUCAUAGUCAACUGUUACCUGAUUGGUCAGUGCGGUCAGCUGCAGCGUCUCUUCCCGUGGCUCAGCCCAGAGAUGGCCAUCAUCUCCAUCGUCAUCCUCGAGCACUUUGCCAUCCUCCUGAAGUACAUCAUCCAUGUGGCUAUUCCUGACAUUCCUACAUGGGUCAGAGAGGAGAUGGCUAAACUGGAUUAUCAGCGCAGGGAGGCCUUCAAGAAGCAUGAGCGGCAGGCGCAGCAGCAUUACCAGCAGCUGCAGAGGAGGAAGAGGGAGGAGGAGGAGCGGCAGAGGCAGGCCGAGCACAUGGCCCGGAGGGAGAGGGAGAGGGACGACGGCAAGGGCGACUCCUCCGGGGACCACCACCACGACAAAAGUCACGGCAGCAAAUCACGGGGCGGCGGUGGAGGAGGAGGAGGAGGCGGGAGCGGCGGGUCGGACAAGCCCAAGAGGCCCAGCUCCCUGUUGGCCAACAAUAACGUGAUGAAACUGAAACAGAUCAUCCCGCUGCAGAGUAAGUUCUCAUCAGGCGGCGCCCGUUCGCCACAGUCGCCCACCGGCAGCGAGCCCAAACUGCCCGGCUUCCUGAGCUUCAAGUUCCUUAAGUCACCUGAGAAUAAGAAGGAAUGCGCCGCGGCGUCCUCAGCCGCCGCCACAGCCACGAAUCCUGCGGCAACAGCAUCGUCGUCGUCGUCGUCGUCAUCAGGUAGCAGCUCUCAGGAGCGUUCUCAGUCACCCAGCAAAGCCUUCAACCCUGGGAAACUCUUUAACUUUGGGAAAUCUGAGGGGGGAUCGUGCGUGAACGGGGGUCAGCCGCCCAAAUCUGGAGACGCGGCGUCAUCGCAGGCGUCGGAAAGACAACCGUCCAGGUCCGACUUGAACGGGAUUCCGGACGAGAUCCCGUCGCCUGGAGGGGAGGGGUCUGAGAACGGACACUCGACAGACUUAGACCCAGCCGGAUCUAAAGUCUAGUAGCUCCACGGGCUGAAAAACAAACAUGUCUUCGCUUACAUCUCAGCAGAAGAAGCGACAUGUUUAGGAAAAGGGGCGGCGAGGAAAAGGCCUGAGCCGCCUGCCGUCUGCGUCGUCACGGGCCGUGGAUACGAAUACUUGAAGCGGGAAAGAUGAAACUGACGAGAGAUAACUGUUGUUUUUUUGGUUUGCUGUUUUUGCUGAGAGACAAAAAGUAACAGGCUUCAUUCAAGAAAGAUGGAAGCCCUCCUUCAUGAAAACACACACACACACGAACAUACAGAUUCUUCCUUGUCUGCAAUACAUGAAGAAAUGCAUGAGCUGCGUUUCUAAUAUUUUUAAGCCUUUAAAACAGAGAGCUGUGUUUCUUAAUUUCUUCUAGUCAGAAAUUGUAAGUUCUCAUGGCCUCCAGCUGGGAUAUAAUCGCCUGCUGUGGAGGACAUGAUGUGAAAGCGUAUACAGUGGUAUGAAAGGAUCACAGAUUGUACAUCUAAUAACUACUGACAGUGUUUUUUAACCAUCACGACACAAGCGGUCAUCGGAUACCCGUCUCAUUUUUAACUGUGAGCAAUUAUCGGACCCUUCCCUUUUAUAACGAAGCGGAAAAAAAUGGAAAAGCAAUAUCAGCCAACGAGUACCGAGUUCUUAUCGUCAUCACACAAACCUCGGCUUCAAAAAAACGUUUCUGAUUUAUCACCGGCUUUAUUUUCAAACCAGGUGGUGACGUCUGAACUUCCGUCCUCCGUCCCCGCGGCACUUUCACAUUAGAGCAGGGCUCUCAAACUCAUGUUCUUUCAGGUUCCACAUUCAGCCCGAUUUGAUCUGCAGUGGACCGAACCAGUGAAAUAAGAACAGAAGAACCGAGAAAUAAU